UAAUUUUAGUGUUCUCCAGUGCUUGUUCAGGUUGGAAAAGAUGGCAGAUCCAGGUUUUCACUCUCGUUCUGGUAUUCCUGACCAUCUUCGUGAAGCAGUCGAUCGUCACAUCUCAGAUAUGUUUCCUGGUGAAAUGCAUAAUGAUUUACGUUCUAAGCUGAAAGAAAUGUGGAAGACUAUCUUCAUUUCGUCGAUGAUAAGAACGGGACGUGGUCUUGCUGAUCAGAUGCGUGAUAUGGUUUCUCUUUUGUCAAUUGAGUUGAAGAAGCAGCCAUGUGCUUGCAAGAGAAAGGAGCCUGAAACUGAAAAUAUUGUUGGAGGUAGUUCUGUGGCACAGAAGGGUGAUGGCAAUGCAGACAGUGAUUCUGAUUAUUGUCUUGAGGAUUGUUGUCUUGAGCGUUCGGGGCCAUGUACAUGCAAGGGAAAGGAGCCUGAAACUGCAAAUGUUGUUGGAGGUAGUUCUGUGGCUCAGGAGUAUGAUUCCUAUGCAGACGGCGAUUCGAUGAUUGUCUUGAGCUUAAGGAGCUAUCCGGGGAAGAGGAAGUCCCCAGUAAUCGCUUUGCAUAGAAUGUUGUUUGCUGAUGUACUUGAGGCUCCUAGGAAUUACAUUGAAGGGUAA